AAUGUUGAUAAAUACCGACGUAGGGAGUUUAAAUGAACGUUUCUUUUGAGGAGAAGCCUAGGUGAGGGGCCCAGACUUGUUUUAAUUGGUCUGCCCUACGUCCUUGUUGGUGACGACGAGCAGCAUGUCGUCGAAUUCGUCUCCUCCCCCUGCAGACCACGUUGUUGGGGGGUCACUGCACAAAGUGGACUGCGAGUCUCUUGACAGUCUUGUCCACCAAUAUGAUAAGGCUUUGGAGGACAACUUUAGCAAACGAGACCAAUUUCAAAAGUUCCGAGAUGACUACAUAAAGCUUAAAUCUCGCCUUAAAACACUUCCUGAUAAGAUCGAGUAUGAUGCAAUGGUGCCAAUUUGUUCAAAAGCCUUGUGCCCUGGGAAAAUUAUCCACACCAAUGAGAUACUUGUCCUCUUGGGUGAAAAUACAUUCAUUGAGUGUACUGCAAAGGAUGCUGCAGAAAUUAUCACUCAUAGACUGAAAAAAAUUGAUGAUACGCUUAAUCGAGUGGAGAAGGAAAGGGAAUUAUACAACUCUUGGAAGAUCGAGGCAGAACGGCAAAUGGUAGAAACGCUUGGAGAUGGAACUAUUGAAAUUAUUGAGGAAUAUGACGAAGUGAAGGAGAAAAAGUGGCGUAAUACGCACAGAGAGAAAGUUCGAAAGCAUCACCAAGAGCUAGCCAGACAACGCCAAGCCUUACAAACAAGCGCCGUGGUCAAUAAUCUUGGCAAGACGGCAGAGGAAGAAAAAUUGUGGACAAGACUGGACGCCCUAGAGUUGGAAGAAGAGUUCAUGGAAGCACAAGCCAUUUACGAGCAACGCAUGACUGAGCCAGUUGGGAAUAAUCAUAAUGACGACAACAAGUGUACUGUAAAAAUACGGGAAAGGUCAAACAAGUCAAAAUUAAGUUUACCAGAAGCUGCAGAGUUACUAUACGUAAUGGACAACCGAGAUGCAGACAAUAAUUCUACCAAUGCAGCGUCUGGGAAGAAAGUCACAUUUAGUCCAGACAACAUAAUUCAUAAUUUAACAGAUCUGAAUACUCUCAAGAAGAAAGGGAAGGAUGUUACCGAGUGUUGCGAGUCAAGAAAAGAUGACAUAGUCGAGCUUUAUAUACCUUCCGAACAGAGCAUCGAAAAUGGGUUGUAUGAUCCAAUUUUCAUCCGAUUUCGCCAUGAAGCUCUCCACUCCUCUGGCGGUGGUGACUCCAAUAAAAAAGCUUAUUCUGAGAAUUCGACCGAAAGUUUACAACUGAACUCUUCUGCCGAACUAUUAUCAGAGGAAUCUUCUUCGGACUCGGAUAACGAUGAAGACUAUCAGAUUGUACGAGGCCCCGGUGAUAUUUAUGCCCAGUUUGGCCCUCCUUCGUUAGAAGCGAAAUCUAUUGCAGUUCCUGGAGCAGAUAAAACUCCUUUGAAGUCAAUUUUAAAACCACGAGGUCCAGACGGAGGAAUUCUGGAUGGGAAUCGUUCCUCCUCGGACUCGUCAAAAAUUAGUCAUAAGGAGCUCUGCACCUCGGCCAAUGUCAACAUGAAGAAGGCUCUUCUGGCUGAAACGAUAUCUCCUGAAAUUACUGAACGCUGCAUACCCGAGUCGUCAUAUGAUGAUACCAAUAUUAUUUACAAAAUGUUUCCUGGUUUUGCUCCCACCACAAAAACAGGUACGAAAGCCAACAAUCUUCCUGAUGAGUUUGAGAGUGCAAAUUGUACGGCUGCUGAUGGUGCUGCUGAUGUUAAUAUGACGAAACCAAUCAGGAAAGAUAACUCAAGUUUUGCUACUGCUGGUGCUAAUAUUAAAGUUAACAGCACAAAUUCUUCAACCACUAAUAACCGACCAAUUAGUCUUUUCAAGAAAAUGAAAUCAGGAGGUGGAGAUCGAGCUUUGUCGAAUAGCGACAGUACUGCUAACUAAUAACUAACGAAAAAUACAAUGAUACUUAAUAAUAACAACUCUUGAUAUUUUUGAUACUUGUUUCAACUCAGAUUUAUUGAUCAAUAUAUUUAUAUGCAUAAAUACUCAUAUUAUUGUUGUGACUGAAUGUUGACUAUUAUAAUUAUUACAUAACACGAAUUUCACAGAUAUUUCGACUGUUUGUCGGCCGUAGAAGUAGUAGUAAGUAAGUAUAUUAGUGGGUGUGUACGUCUGGCUCAUGGAGUAAUAAAGUAAUAAGUAGAGAACAGAUACAAAUCCUAUUAACGAGAACAACGUUUGGUAUCAUAAUACUAAUACAUAAUAGUAAAUAAUAUGCACCAAACAACAACUUUGUCGUCGUACGAGUUUACUUAAUAGUUUACUUAAUGUUGUUAGCUUUUGUCUAGAGCUUUGGUUUCUUAACAAUAUUAUGUAUCUCGUCUACCUACAUACAUCACCAUCAUCAACACAACUAUUAUUAUGCAACAUAAAAAUGAAUGAGAGAGUCAAUAAAGUUUAUAAAUUAGCAUUGAA